UCAAAAAUAAAAUAAGAGGCGCUCACACUUGAUUUUGAAGGAACAGCUAAUGCGGGAGCUUUCUCUCUCAGAAAGUGAGUAACAGUAAGAGAGAGAGAGAUGAGUUCGAAAGAGAGUUGCAGGAACGAGCUUCGAACUGCUAUUCGCCAGCUUAGUGAUCGAUGUCUUUAUUCCGCUUCCAAAUGGGCAGCAGAACAACUUGUGGGUAUUGAGUUGGACCCGGCAAAGUUCACUCCUGCAAACACCAGGUUCCAUCGUGGAAGCUCUAGCAUUCGGCGCAGAUUCCGUACCAAUGAUAUCACCUCAACGCCAGCAGCCGGUGUAUCCUAUGUUUCCACUCCUGUAAUGGAGGAAGAUGAGAUUGUGGAUGGUGACUUUUACCUAUUGGCGAAGUCCUAUUUUGACUGUCGAGAAUAUAAAAGGGCAGCUCAUGUGCUUCGAGAUCAGAGCGGGAAGAAAUCUGUAUUCUUGCGCUGCUACGCUCUUUAUCUGGCUGGAGAAAAGCGGAAAGAGGAAGAAAUGGUAGAACUUGAGGGACCUUUAGGUAAGACUAAUGCUGUGAACCGUGAACUGGUUUCUUUGGAGAGGGAGCUAUCAACACUUCGUAAGAAUGGCACAAUUGAUCCUUUCGGAUUAUACUUGUAUGGAAUUGUGCUCAAAGAGAAAGGCAGUGAGAAUCUUGCUCGUUCGGUUCUUGUGGAAUCCGUGAAUAACUACCCAUGGAAUUGGGAUGCUUGGUCGAAGUUGCAGUCCUUGUGUACUACGAUUGACAUAUUGAACAGCCUUAAUCUCAAUAACCAUUGGAUGAAAGACUUCUUUCUUGCCAGUGCCUACCAAGAACUAAGAAUGCAUAAUGAGUCCUUAGCAAAAUAUGAAUAUUUGCAGGGUACCUUCAGUUUUAGUAAUUACAUUCAGGCUCAAAUUGCUAAAGCUCAGUACAGCUUAAGGGAAUUUGAAGUAGUUGAAGCAAUUUUUGAAGAACUUUUAAGGAAUGAUCCAUAUCGAGUGGAGGACAUGGAUAUGUAUUCGAAUGUGCUUUAUGCAAAGGAAUGUUUUUCUGCCCUCAGUUACCUUGCCCAUAGGGUGUUCAUGACAGAUAAAUACAGACCUGAAUCUUGUUGCAUAAUUGGAAAUUAUUACAGUUUAAAAGGGCAGCAUGAAAAGUCUGUUUUAUAUUUUAAAAGAGCGUUGAAAUUGGACAAAAAUUAUUUGUCAGCUUGGACGCUUAUGGGCCAUGAGUUUGUUGAAAUGAAAAAUACUCCUGCUGCUGUUGACGCCUAUCGCCGUGCUAUAGACAUAAAUCCAUGUGAUUAUCGAGCUUGGUAUGGGCUGGGUCAAGCUUAUGAAAUGAUGGGUAUGCGCUUCUAUGCUCUUCAUUACUUCAAGAAAUCUGUUUUCUUGCAGCCGAAUGAUUCUCGAUUGUGGAUUGCCAUGGCUCAGUGUUAUGAAACUGACCAGCUUCACAUGCUUGAGGAAGCAAUUAAGUGUUACCAAAGGGCAGUUAAUUGCAAUGAUCGGGAAGCUAUUGCACUGCACCAGUUAGCAAAGCUACAUCAUGAGCUUGGGCGUUCUGAAGAGGCAGCCUUUUACUACAAAAAGGAUUUGGAAAGGAUGGAAGAUGAAGAGAGAGAAGGACCGAAUAUGGUUGAAGCUUUGCUUUUCCUCGCUACUCACUACAAGAAUCAGAAGAGAUUUGAAGAAGCAGAAGUGUACUGUACCCGUCUUCUGGAUUACACUGGCCCCGAAAAGGAAACAGCAAAGAGUUUACUACGAGGAAUGAGAAUAACACAAUCCAGCUUCCCUUCUAUGGAUGUUGAGCACUUCCCCCCAUAAUAUUCACAUUACCACACUUUAGAAGCAUGUUUGUUCCAGUUUCUGGCACAUGGAAAUCAACAGCCAAUGAAAGCUUGGAGAUGAUGGAAGAUAUGCAUGGCUCGGGCUGCUACUGUGAAGGAAUCGUUUGAUGGUCUUAUUUAUUGAUUUCAAGAUUGAGGGUGGAGAGUAGUAGCUGCGGAAAUUGAAGAGUUUUUGUUGUCUAGGAAGCGUCUCAGGGCGUGAAAUUUUUUCUUCCAUGUACUACAUCACAAUUUCUUCUUUAGUUGGUAGCCUGUAUAUUGAUUCUCCUGAAGAUUUAAUUAUGAAUAGGGUCAUUUCUUAACGUUAUACUAGACCCAGAAAAAGCAUAUUUUGUUUUUCA